CAUGCGCACUGCGCAGUCCGUCAGGCGGAUCCUCCGAUCAUGGAGGAUGUUGAUAUGCAAACCAGCUGCAAACUUUCCUCACUCUAUCACUAAACGUGCAGCAUUAAUCAACCUCUGUUUCUCAGGUUGCCAGAUCCUCUGCCAUGAAAUCCUCCUGAUUAAUUGACGUGUUGGUAAAAUGGCCGCUGAGCUGUUUCCUGCCAAAAAACUGCCCACUGUCACAGCCACCGCUGUCCAGCAGUACCAACAGCAGAACGUCAGCAACAACAACACCAUUCAGGGAUGUAACUGGCAAGGCUUGUAUCCCACGAUCAGAGAGAGAAACUCAGUCAUGUUCAACAACGAGCUGAUGGCCGAUAUUCAUUUUGUGGUGGGGCCCCCUGGAGGAACCCAGAGAGUCCCGGGACACAAGUAUGUCCUGGCUGUGGGCAGUUCUGUAUUUCAUGCCAUGUUCUACGGAGAACUGGCUGAAGAUAAGGAUGAGAUCCGGAUCCCUGAUGUGGAGCCACCUUCUUUCCUUGCCAUGCUAAAGUAUAUCUACUGUGAUGAGAUCGACCUGUGUGCAGACACUGUCCUCGCCACACUGUACGCCGCCAAAAAAUACAUUGUUCCCCACUUGGCCCGCGCUUGCGUCAACUUCCUGGAGACCAGCCUGAGCGCUCGAAACGCCUGCGUCCUGCUCUCUCAGAGCUGCCUGUUCGAGGAGCCCGACCUCACUCAGCGCUGCUGGGAGGUCAUCGACGCACAAGCCGAACUCGCCCUCCGCUCGGAGGGGUUCUGCGACAUCGACACUCAGACUUUGGAGAGCAUCCUGCGCCGUGAGACUCUCAACGCCAAGGAGAUGGUGGUGUUCGAGGCGGCGUUGAGCUGGGCGGAGGCCGAGUGUCACCGACAGGAACUCCAGCCCACCAUCGAGAAUAAACGGCUUGUUUUGGGAAAGGCCAUCUAUCUGAUACGGAUCCCGGCGAUGGCGCUUGAUGAUUUCGCUAAUGGCGUUGCUCAGUCGGGCGUGUUGACGCUCACCGAGACCAACGACAUUUUUCUGUGGUACACGGCGGCCAAGAAACCGGAGCUGAAGUUCGUCUGCAAACCGCGGAAAGGGUUGACGCCGCAGAAGUGCCACCGCUUUCAGUCGUGCGCGUACCGCAGCAAUCAGUGGCGGUACCGCGGGCGCUGCGACAGCAUCCAGUUCGCCGUGGACAAGCGGGUCUUCAUCGCCGGGUUUGGGUUGUACGGCUCCAGCUGCGGUUCGGCGGAGUACCAGGCCAAGAUCGAGCUGAAGCGCCAAGGAGUGACGCUCGGUGUCGCCAUCAUCAAAUACUUCUCCGAUGGCUCCAGCAACACCUUCCCCGUGUUCUUCGAGUACCCGGUGCAGAUCGAACCCGACACCUUCUACACGGCCAGCGUGGUUCUGGACGGGAACGAGCUAAGUUAUUUUGGCCAGGAGGGCAUGACCGAGGUCCAGUGUGGCAAGGUGACCUUCCAGUUCCAGUGCUCGUCGGACAGCACCAACGGGACGGGUGUGCAAGGGGGGCAGAUACCUGAACUCAUAUUUUAUGCUUGAGAGAGCGUCCUGCUCACAACUGAUUAAUCAGAAACCAACAGUUUUGUUCCUUAAUGAAGUGCUGCUCAGAUUUUGCACAAAGGCUGCAAAAAGAAUAUUAGAGAUUACUGACAAUCCUUAUAGACUAUAUUAUAAUUGUUAGUGCACCUAAAAAGGAAAAUUCAGUCAUUUACUCACCCUCAUGUCCUUCCGAAUGUGUUCAACUUUAUUUCUUCUGUAGAACAUAAAAGUUCAUGCUACUCUUCAACCAAGUCAGUGAAAAUUGGGGCUGUCAGGUAUGGAAGCUUGUUUCCACCAUGAAAUAAAAAAGAAAAAAGGUAAUUAUGACUGUUUAUCUCACAAUUCUGACUUUUUUUCACAGAAUUGCAAGAUAUAAACUCACAAAUUCAAGUUAUGAAGUGAAAAUUGCAUGAUAUAAAGUCAGAAUUGCAUGUUAUGUCCAAAUGUGAGGGAAAAAAGACUAACGUUUUUUUUUUUUUUUUUCAGAAUUGCAUUUAUAUCUCACAAUUCUGACUUUAUAACUCUAUAAAUUAAAAAAAAAAAUACAUUUUAACUUGCAAUUGCAUGUUAUAAAGUCAGAAUUGCAUGAUAUAAACUCGCAAUUCUGAGAAAAAGUCAGAAUUGCGAGUUUAUAUCAUGCAGUUCUGACUUUAUAACUCGCAAUUGAUUAUAUCACGCAAUUCUGAAAAAAACUGAGAUAUAAAGUUAGAAAAUUGUGUGAUAAAAAUGCAAUUGCGAGAAAAAAGUCAGAAUUGCGACUAUAUCUCACAAUUCUGACUUUAUAUCACGCAAUUCUGAUUUAUAACUCAGAAUUGUGAAAAGAAAAGUCAGAAUUGUGAGUUAAAAAAUCGCAAAAUUACCUUUUUUUUUUUUUCUUUUUUUUUAAAAUUUAGUAGCGGAAACAAGCUUCCAUAGUCAGGCUUCAGAAAGAGCAAAAAAAAAAAAACCCACUUUAAAACAUCUCAAAAGUUGUUCAUAUAACUUGUGCGCUAUAAUAUGCGCUGUGAAGUAUACACUGCCGUACAAAAUCUUGGGGUCAGUAAGUUUGUUUUUGAAAGAUUAAUACUUUUUUCAGCAAGGAUGAUUUGAAUUGAUCAAAAGUGACAGUAAAAACAUUUAAAGUAUUAUAAAAUAUUUCUAUUUCAAAUAAAUGCUGUUCUUUUAAACUUUCUAUUCAUCAAAGAAUCCUGAAAAAAUAAUUGUUUCCAUAAAAAUAUUAAGCAGCACAACUGUUUUCAACAUUGAUAAUAAUCAGAAAUGUUUCUUGAGCAUCAAAUCAUCAUAUCAGAAUGAUUUCUGAAGGGUCAUGUGACACUAAAGACUGAGUAAUGAUGCUGAAAAUUCAGCUUUGCAAAUAAAUAGAUCUUUGGUGAGCAGAAGAGACUUCUUUCAAACUUUUGAACAGUUUUGAACGACCCCAAACUUUUAAACAGUAGUGCGAAGUUAUUUGUUCAUAAGUUUGUUGCUCAGUUGAGGCCCUCAAGCUCUCAAAACUAAUUUCCAGUCUCGCAAAUUUGGUGUGUCAAGACGUGUCUUGCCAUUUUUGGCAUCGUUGAAGCAGAAGGCAAUUGGUUAUUGCAAGGUUUGCAACUAAAUGUGAUGCCAAGUUUAAAUAUGCAUAUGCAAAUGAGAUUGGAAGGAAUGGCUCUUAAUUAAUAAUGACUUGAAUUUCCUCACAUAAAGCUAUCAUACAACUUCAGAUCACAUGGGGAAAAAAUGGUGCACAAGUCAAAUAGGUGACAUGAGCUUGAGCAAAUGACCUAAUUUUCAUUUCUGUGUGACGUAUUUUGUUAAGAGCAGAGAUUAAGAUCCACUGAUUUAGCUGGACACAUCUUUGUCUCAGAGCAUUCAUGAAAAUGACUUUAGUAAGAACAAAUUGGCUAAAAAAAUAUGUAAAUCUUAACAGUUGAAACAAAAAUAACAUCUAGAUCACAUAAAUGCUAAUAAAUCCACAUAAACACUAACCCCUGGUUUCACAGACAAGGCUUAAGCUAGUCCUAGACUAAAAUGCAUGUUUGAGCUGUUAUAACUGAAAGCAACUUGCUCUGAAACAUCUUAAUAUUUCACUGCCAUUGUUUUGUCUCAAAGAUGCACACCAUUUAUGUUUUUUUUUUUUAGGGUACGUAUAAAAGCUACUUAAAUGCCCUAAUUGAACUAAGGCCUAAUCCUGACUUAGUCUAAGCCCUGUCUGUGAAACCGGGCCUAAAACCCUCUAGACACAGGGUCUCUUUCUGUUUUACAGGUCACAUGAUUGAUUAUCUCGUGACUGAUGACGUUUAAGCUGAAUUGUCAUUCCGUUGAUGUUUACCGUCUGCUCUGACUAACAGCAGACAUGUUGUGUUUCUUGUGAGAAAGAUGAUUUAAUAUCUUUAACUCUUAUUAGUGAAGUCACUCGUUGAUUUAUUCUACAGAAUCAUAUUUGUAUCACCUUGUGCGUCGUAUCGUAAUGAAACUGUAUUUUACUGAACUCUAAAGUAUUUGUAUAAUUUUUUUACUCGACACGUGAAGCACAAUUUGUCCUGAAGCGUUUCGCUAAGAACUUAUUUUCUCUACUUAAUAUUCAUGUAAUCCUAUAUUUUAUAGCAUUUUGGUGCAACAUAACAUUGUAUGUUAGUGGAAUGAAGUUAAAAGGGGUUUUACAAAGACAAAGAGAAAAGACUAGGAGAGAGAUAACUAGAGGUGCUGGUUAAGACAAAAAUCACUAUUACUAUUGCUCAAACUUAGGGUUUUUGAUUUUAUUAAAGUAUUAAGCACAACUGACGCUUUUCCGAACAAUCAGACUUAGAAACUUUGCCAUAAAACGGCAAACAUAGACAUUGAAGGAUGGUCCUGAGCCAUAUCGAGAGACCAGAAUGUCAUAAUUGGUGGGAUCUUUGACUUCUUCAGAAACUGUAAAAAUGAUACUGUGGUGAUAAAAAUUUGUGGGAAAACAACCUGAAACAAGACACUACAUUAAAGCUUUUCAGAUGGCGUACAUGUCGAUGUCAAACCUUAAUUGCACUAUUUCUCCGUUUUUUUUUUAACACUGUGGCACAAUCUAAAAUCAUUUCAUUCUGCUGGUUUCACUUUCGAAAUGCUCCAUUGUUAUCUAGACUGGAGUUCCGUGUUAUUUGGUCAAAUCAAACUUAAAAAAAUCUGCAAUUUGUGCCUUUUCUGGAUUGGUUUUGAUGGUGUGAACUACCCAAGCGGUUCUUACAUGUACACUUUAUAUUCCUGGACCAUGAAUUGAGAUGUUUUUACAUGCUCUGAGCACUGGUCGUAUUCACUGGAAAUGUAAGUGUGAUGAGAGGUUUUCAUUCAUUCAUUCAUUCACAGCUGUAUUUUGAUAUAUGGCACGUGAGCGAGCCUGUUUCUUCUGUUAUGUAGAACAUGAGGUGCCCGUGAAAGUGCCAACAGACUUAUUUGAAUGUGUGAGCAGCGUUUGUGUCAUUAUGAAUAAAGCUAACUUUAACUCCA